AUGCAUUUAAGAAAAUUCCAAGAUGGAGAAGGGAUGCCGGCAAAGAAACACCCCAACCACCUCCAGGGAAAAACGGCAAAAACAAAAGAGACCACCAGCACCAGCAGCACCUUCAACGAACAACCCCCAGCGUGUGGGCAAACCUUUCCCCAAGUUGAGGAGGCGUUCCGCCACACUUAUGCCGGCCCAUUCGGAGCGCGCCGGCCGAAAGCCGAACGCAAAGAAAUUCCCCCGCACCAACGGAGCCGCACAGCUUAUCACCAAUUACGGGCGUGGUUUGCGGUAGUUUCGUCUCCCUUGGGAUUUGCGUUUGGCGCGGUUUAUUUUGGUCGCGGGGUGGAACCGCACCGCACCCCUCCGCCCCGCGAGGCAACGCCUCACCAGAACAUGCGGCGGGCCGGAUUUCGAGGAACCCCGCGCGAUCGGACGCGGGGGCUUUCGCCGGAGUCUCAAACAAAUAACAAAAUCAAUAGGUUAUUAUUAUUUUGUUUUUUAUGUCAGGUUACGAAAAGAAUGAUCGAGCCUUACGUUUUAGGUGGCAUGUCUUGUACUGGAGUUUUCUUGACGUUUCGGGGAAAUUUUUAUUUCUUUUUAUUCCAAAGAGCGAGUCAAUUUGUAAGUUUCUGA